CAGCCACACACGCGGCAGGUUAGAGUUCACUGAAUGCUGAUGAUGUCAUCGUCUGAAGAUGGCUGAAGGAGACGGUUGGUGGGGAGGCUGGCUUCAACAGAGCUUCCAGGCCGUAAGAGAUAAGUCAACUGAAGCCUUGGAAUUCAUAAAGCGAGACCUGACUGAGUUCUCCACUGUGGUGCAGCAUGACACAGCUUGCUCUAUUGUGGCAACAGCCACUGCUGUCAGAAACAAACUUGCGGUGGAGGGAUCCUCGGACACAACAGAAAAAGUCAAGAAGAGUCUGUCUAGUUUCUUAGGGGUUCUCACUGAUACACUUGCUCCGCCCCCUGAUAAAACCAUUGAUUGUGAUGUGAUCACAUUGGUGGCGACGGCAGCAGGAACCACAGAAGUCUACGAUAGCUCAAAGGCGCGGCUCUACAGUCUGCAAGCUGACCCCGCCACAUACUGCAAUGAGCCCGACGGUCCUCUGGAGCAGUUUGACAGCUGGCUGUCCACUUUCAGUCUGGAUGAGAGGAAAGGAGACAUCUCAGAGCUUUUGGUCAACAGUCCUUCUAUACGAGCACUGUACACUAAAAUGGUCCCAGCUGCAGUGUCCCACUCAGAAUUCUGGCAGCGGUAUUUCUACAAAGUCUUCCAGCUGGAUCAGGAGGAGGCGAGGAGGGUGGCGCUGAAGCAGAGGGCGGAGCAGGCUGCACACACGGAAACCCUAGACUGGGAGGAAGAAGAGGAAGAUGACUUCCUUGGCGGCAUGUCGCCUCAGCUCAGCCCACACCAACCAUCAAACGGGGGCUCGGCUCACGCCCCAGCCCUGACUGCCUCCACGGGGACCCCUCCACCGAGUCCUGCUCUGUCUCCAACUGAGGAGGGUGACGCCACACUGUCCGGGAGCAGCGUCAGCCUGCCCACGCAGUUGGAGGUGCAGCCGGCGCCUGUUGGUGCUGAACUGAGGAAGAAGCUGUCGGAAGCCUCGCUGGAGGACAGCAACCCGACCCAAGAAGAGCAGCAGUCUGAAAAGAGUCGCUUAGCAGAGGUGGCUCAGGUGGAAAGUAAACCGCAGGUGGAGGUUCCUGUUGAUGGGGCGUUGGUGCGUGUCCCCCCCUCCAAACUGCUCCAGACCACCAAGGAAGAGGGACCACAGGACCUCAGGGUGUUUGAGCUGAACUCUGACAGCGGGAAGUCCACGCCCUCCAACAAUGGCAAGAAAGGGUCCAGCACUGACGUGAGCGAAGACUGGGAGAAAGACUUUGACCUGGACAUGACCGAGGAAGAGGUGCAGCUGGCUCUCUCCAAAAUGGAGGAUCCCGGGGAGCUGGAUGAGGAGUGGGAGAACUGGGAGUAAAGAGGCUCUGCGGCACAAAGUGUCCUGCUUUUGAAGCUAGCUCUCGGCCGAGGAAUCAUGCUUAUCGUGUCUUAACUCUUUGUCCACACCAUGUCAUGACUGUCGUUAGGGGAUUUUCUGGACCACAGUGGUUAAGCUGUUGGGUGAGCAACAGGAAGACCAUGGCUUCCUCAGCUGUCUGAUUGCAGCCUUCGGAGGGGGUGGCCACUAGGGGGUGGCUAGUCGGAUGUUACAGCUGAAGGACAAGAGUCCCCCUUUGUGGGGGUUCACCGCAGUGGGGCAGAAGCUGUUUUUUUUUCAUUUUAUUAUUAUUAUUUUUUCUUUUUGCCAGUCAAGUCACUUUUUAGUACGAGGGCCGAUGAGCUGCAUGAUGGCCAGAACCAGAGACGCAGCUCGUCACCUUUCUUAAACGAAACACUUCAAUCCAUUCUGCCCUCUUUCUUCCAACUUUGAUUAUUUCAUUUUUUAUUUUGCCACCUUUAAUAUGCAAAAGAAGAAAAAAAGUCGGCCUUCUUUCACAAUGCACUUUCGUUUGGGAUCCACUCCUAGCUUUAGACACAUGGCCUUGGGAAGCACGCGGUGGCGUGCAAACAUUUAUGUCACAGCCGGACCAGUGAAGACGAUGUCACUGUUAGUCCUUCACGUUCUAACGUUCAAGUUCCACCUGAGUCGGUGGAGGGAGCUUGUUCAUUUGUCCUCUCGUUGAGUUCAGACUGGUCCUGCUUGGCUUCACUUUGAGGGCAGCUGUGAGCCUGAUCUGUGAUUGCAAUCGUUUUGUUUUUGUCUGUGUGCCGAGUGAGAACGGGAGCGCACCCAUCUGUAAUUAAGAGAUGUAAGCAUAGAGCUGUAAUAUUUAUACAAAAUAAACACUUCAUCAGUGUAGUUAUGAGCUUUCUAUUGCAUGUCUGUACUAAUACAGGAUGCUAAAGCUGCAGAUUGAUUUGAUUCAGUUGUACGUUUUUCUUUGGCUGUUUCCUGGGAUUUGGUGUUCAGACGGUGUGUUGCAUGUGUGUAAUUCUCAGUUGUGUAUUUUCCAUCAGAUUCACACUUUGAACCAAUCAGAGCUGCUGGAUGCAGGUCUGCUCUCUGAACUGUUUCUUUUCCCUUCAACUCCUUCAGUAUUUUUCAGAUGGUUCUAGUCAUUAAAAAAAUAUCAUAAAUGGCA